AGGGAGGCCACGCCCUCUCCUCGCGAGAGGGCCACGGAUGUCCUGGAAGGCUUGGAAGCGGAAGCGGGGUGCCGGAAGCGGCAGUUGCCAUGGAUCCCGCGGAGGACUGGCUUGUGGAAUCCUUGCGCUUGUACCAGGAUUUCCAUGCAUUCGACCUCUCAGGAGCCACACGAGUCCUUGAAUGGAUUGGUGACAAAGGAGUCUUUGUUGCUGGCUAUGAAAGCCUGAAAAAAAAUGAGAUUCUUCAUCUGAUACUACCUCUCAGACUUUCUGUAAAGGAAAACCAGGGCUUAUUCCCAGAAAGAGAUUUUAAAUUGCGCCAUGGCGGAUUUUCAGACGGACCUGUCUUUGAUCUAAAGCAUGUGCCAGAUACCAGGUUGCUGGUGACCAGUGGCCUUCCAGGUUGUUAUCUGCAGGUGUGGCAGUUUGCAGAAGACAGUGAUGUCAUUAAGGCUGUCAGCACCAUUGCAGUUCAUGAAAAAGAGAGAAACCUCUGGCCUAGAGUGGAUGUCUUCUCCUCAAUGGUUCCUGGAGUCCUCCAUGGGGCACGGCUCAGUGAUCUGAAGAUUGUGGAUCUGGAAUCCCAGAAGGUCACGUAUAGCUCAGACACCAGUGACAGUGAGGAGCUGAGUAGCCUGCAGGUCCUAGAUGCAAACACUUUUGCUUUCUGCUGCACCUCUGGUCAUCUGGGGCUUGUCGAUACCCGCCAGAAGUGGGCACCAUUGGAGAACAUCAGCCCGAACCCUGGGUCUGGUGGAGAGAGAUGGUGUGCAAAAGUUAGGGGCAUGGGCCAAGGCCCAGGAUCCUAUAUUGCAAGCCUUGGCUCAGAGGGGCAGCUCCAACUUCUUGACCCCCGGGAUCUCUGCCAUUCUGUCAGCUCAGUCCAGUGCCCAGUGUCCACACCUAGCCCCAACCCAGAGUUGCUGCGAGUAACGUGGGCCCCAGCCCUGGACAACUGCUUAGCCAUUUCAGGUUUUGAUGGGACUGUUCAGGUCUAUGAUGUCACAUCUUGGGAUGGAACAGGGAUCCAGGUGGAACCUCUCUUCACUCACAGAGGUCACCUCUUCCACGAUGAAAACAAAAUGGAUACUGCACCACAGGUUACCACCCACACCUGGCACCCCUGCAAACCCAGGACUUUGUUAUCAGCAGCAAGUGAUGCCUCCCUGCACGUGUGGGACUGGGUGGACCUCUGUGCUUCCUGCUGACACCAGCAUCUUCCUGCCUUGGCCAUUAGGAAGAGAAGGAGAUGCUGGAGUGGCAGGGGCACUGAUUCAGUUCUUGAGUGACUACAGAUCCCUGCUACCAGCUGUAUGGCCUUGGCAAGUCAGUCUGUCUCUUGCCCCCAGUUUUCUUUUCUGUAAAAUGAGGAAAGAAAUAACUACCUUGCUGGGACUGGUGGCAAACACCUGUAAUCCUAGAUGCUUGGGUGGCUGAGGCAGUAGGACACAAGUUCAAAGCCAGCCUCAGCAACUUAGCAAGGCCCUAAGAAAUUAGUGAAAUCCUGUCUCAAGAAAUUAAAAAGAGCUGGGGAUGUGGCUCAGUGGUUAAGCUUCUCUGGGUUCAAUCCCUAGUACCAAAAAAAAAAAAGACUACUUUGCGGGGUUAUUGGGAAAGUUAAAAGUGACAUAAAGAAUAGUUUUUGUAGGACACAUGGCACAAUAAAUUACCUGGUAGCUGAGGGCUCCACUUUCCCCAGUGUGAAGUGGCAGUGUUUUGUCCCUCCCUUCUUCACAGUAUCAGAGUAAAAAUCAGAAGAGCUUGUGGAUGUAAUUGUGUUAUGUGAACUUUUUUUUUUUUUUUUAAAGAGAGAGUGGGGGAGAGAGAGAGAGAAUUUUUUAAUAUUUAUUUUUUAGUUCUCAGCGGACACAACAUCUUUGUUUGUAUGUGGUGCUGAGGAUCGAACCCGGGCAGCACGCAUGCCAGGCGAGCGCGCUACCGCUUGAGCCACAUCCCCAGCCCUGUGAACUUUUUUAACAGAAAAAAAAAAAUGUAUUAGGGCAAGUGAACAUGAAGAAAACGUCAACCCUAGUAGAAAUUAAGAAAAGAUUGUACCAUUUUUUGCCUGUCAGAUUGCCAAAUAUCAAAGCCUUAUUGCUUUGAGGAGCUGAUGGAGGUUCUGUGGUACUCUGAAGGGCGCAGGAGAGGCAGGCUCUUCAUUCCUGCUGUAUACUGUACCUUGUGCAUUUGAACCAGAACACAUACAUCCAGCUCCCUAUUAAAGGGCAGUUACAUUUUCCUCAUCCUUUCUUAUUGUGUGAUGAACAACUUUUGUUUCCAUAAACAAUAUGUUUUUAGGAUAAAUUUGUAAAAAAUAAAAUUGCUGAGGCAGAGAAUAUAUGCAUAUUGAAACACUGCCAAGGUGCCCUCCUUAGAGAGUAUGUCAUUUUCCCCCAAACAUUGAUUGAUGCCUCUCUCUCAUCCUUGCUAACAAAGUCUAUUUAGUGGCUUUUGACCUUUGCCAGUCUGAUGAAUGAAAAGUCAUUACUCAUAGCCUUAGUAUGCAUUUCUCUUGAGAAGUUGGUACUCUUCAGCCAGGCAUGGUGGUGUGUGCCUAUAACCCCAGUGACUUGGGAGGCUGAGGCAAUAGGAUCAUGAGUAGUUCAAAGCCAGCCUCAGCAAAACUUAGCAAGACCUGUCUCUAAAUAAAAAAUUAAAAGGGCGGGGGAGGGGCCGGGGUUGUGGCUCAGAGGCAGAACUUCCCUCUCACAUGUGAGGCACUGUGUUCAAUCCUUAGCAACACAUAAAAAUAAGUCAACAAAGUAAAGAUUAAAAAAAAAGGUGGGGGAUAUGGCUCAGUGGUUAAAACUAAUGGGUUCAAUCCCAAGCCAAAGUGUGAAAAUAGUUGUUUGUGCUCAGCACCAACCACAACACAAGAAGUUCAAACAGAUCCUAGCUGUCUUCUUCUCCCUCACUAGAACACAGCCUUCCCCAGGGUGGUACUUUCUAUGCUAUUCCCCAGGGGAAUCCACAUGAGGGGCAUUUCCUUUUGGGGGCUCCACAAACAUUCCUGUUUGGGGAUCCAUAGCAAAUAUUAAAGUUAUAUGCAUCUCCCUGUUGUAUACAAUAUCUCACUGUUGCAUUUAUUAAAGGGGUUUUUUUUAUGAA